AUGCUCACCUCGCCCCGAUCAAUCCCCGUCCAGCUCCCCGUGGGCACGCUCGAAACGCCUCGUCCGCUGCGUGCGGCCCCGCCACGGCGACAGCUCGCUCACCAGCGCACCACACACACUUUGCACCUCUCCCUACCCACCACUCGCACGGCGCACGACAGCUGCACCCAAGCUUUUCCCGGCGCCAGGGGACCCGGCUCGGUUGCGGUGCAGCACCUCGACGACGGAGAGGACCUGACCCUCCCACGGCUCCCUCCCGCCCACGACGACAUCGACAUGCUCACCGAGAAGCACCCAGCCUGGCUCGAGCACGCCCCGUUCGACCACUUCGAACUCGACUCGUCCUCGUCCUCCUCUCAAAUCGACGAACCCGCCCCGCUGCCGCUGAACCACCCGCGCAGCAAUUCGCUCGAACUCGACCUAGGCGACCUUCCCAAGCCCAACUUCCUCUUCCCCUCCCAGGCGUACCCUUCGCCCGUCUCGCCUUGCACCACCCUCUUCAGCUCGUCGACAGCGUCCUACUUCGAACUCGACCAGCGGCGGCCACGCGCGCGCUCGAGGUGUGCCUCCGCAGCGUCGGGCGAGGGAGACGACAUGAGCCUCGAGUUGCCCCCUUCUCCCGCUCUCGUGCCCAUCUUCCUCGUCGCCGCACCACGAGACACCUCUCCCUCCCGACCAGCACCACACGUCGAGCCGUCCGUCUCUCACCCGCUCCACCGCGCAAAACGCCUCUCCAUGACUCCCCUCCCCACCCUCUCCUCCCUCCCCUCGACCGAUGCGCCCCCGAAGUUGCGCAAGAACAGCAUCGUCGACCUCCCUCCCGCUCCGGUGUCGCCGCCCCUCACGCCCGAGUCGUCGCUUGGGUUGGUUGGGCUCCCGAGUAUCGAAGUGCUCGAGUGCGGGAGGAGGUUGUCUGUCGAUUCAAAUGCUGGCGAUGUUGAUGCGUUCAAGCGUCAACGAUGCGCCUGA